AUAACCCAUGCCUUCUUUACCAAUACACCAAUAUUGCCAUUGUAUGGAGACCUAUGGCACCUGCGUUGGCAUAGUUUAACAAAUUCGCGUUUGGCGGCCACAACAAGAAACGUUGAAUUACACUGAAGAAAAGGAAAUAACCCUGUUCCACCCAGUUACGUCGACGCGCGUCAAAGUGUGAAUGAGGAAGUUGAACAACUCGAAUAGUUCCCUCUCUCCUUCCGAUAAUUUGAGUGUAUAGGUGAGAUGCAUGUAGCCUACGAGCCAACAAAAGUUUAACAAUGUAGCAAUAUUUCGCAUAGUCCGGUGUCAUCUAACAUAUUUCUCAGCAUAACGCAUUGUUCAAAUAACUUUUGAACGCGUAAUAUAGAGUAUCGAGGCCCAGGACUGAGGACGAGUUCAACAAAACGGGUAGAAUGGAUUUUCCUCACCUGACGGAAGACGACAUGGCUGAUAUAAAGAAGGAAGCCCUUGAGAGGCUGCGCCCAUAUCUGGUGGAUAAGAUUAUUGCCAAUCGGCAUUUCGACUACCUGCGAUCCAAGAGAAUUCUUACUCGGGAUGAUACAGAAGAAAUAAACUGCAAGAAUACCGACCGUAAGCGCGCUGGCAAGCUGUUGGACUGCCUUGCCGAAAACCCUCUAGGCCUGGACACCUUAAUUGAAUCUAUACGCAGGGAACGCACUAUUAACUUUCUCAUUACCAAGAUAACCGACGAAGUGCAAAAGGUCAAGGAUGAGAAGAUAGCUGCCCUGAAGGCUGAAUCGUGCUGCACAAGUUCGAGUUCAACCUACAGCCCCACGAAGCCAGGUCCCACCACUGACCCCUCUCGGACAUUCUCUUCCAUCGAUUGCUAUGCCUCCACUGCGCUGUACCACCCCGAGGGCGAGAGAAGCCCGUCACAGUCGGUGGUCACCAGUUCGCUCAACCUGUUCAGCGGCUCUGCCGGAGGACGAGACGUCAGCAGCAGCAGCGUCUGCUGCGCCAUAUCAGCCUCCAGUGUGUCCUCCUACCUGCCCAAACCAGGGGACCCCGGGGCGCCUCCUUUGCCUGAGGAGGUGCUGGACGAGGCGCAGGACACAGAUUCUGGGGCGGGGGGCAGCAAUGCUAGCGGAGGGGAUGCCAACUUUCAACCGCUGCGAUCCCGGUCCGUUUCGCCCCGCCCAUGAUGGUGGCUUGUGCCCGCCUAGUCACCAUCCGAGCCAUCAUGACAGAACUCUACUAUGAGACCACUUUUUGGAUCACUGGACUUUUCUUAGCUUUUCACUUUGUAUGAAAUUUCAAUUUUUAUUUUUUAUUUAGUGUGUAAUCACAAUGCACAAGAAGUAAUACUAGUGUUUGGUUGUCUUUGCUCUUACCUGAUGCAACUGUGUUUCCUUUCUUCAGCACCAGUAUCAUUUAGUAUACCUCUUUUGUACAUCUCUAAUGCAUUAUUUUUUAACGAUUUGUGUGUUGGUGCGGAGGACAGAUGCUUCACUUCCUCUCAGUAGUUUGCAGACAAAGGGUGCAUUCCAAUAUGCCGACCUCCGUCAUCCCUUGCUCACUUGCCUGCUUCUGAUCUCAUAUUGAUGUCACUGACGACAGAAAAUGAAUUCAAUUCAAUCUUGCAAAAGCACAAUUCUAAUGUCAUUUUCUCAUUCGCAAUCAGGAUGGUAUAUGAAAAACAGUCUCACAAAAGUUGUUGUGGCCAUGCUGACAUCCUGGAAACUUUAUUGUUCUCUCCACGAAGGUGGGGCCAGGAGGUGGAGCGAGGCCACAAGCGCAAGUGGAGGACGGGAGUUGUGCAUGUUGGAAUUCACCCACAGAGUCUGUCGCCAUGUUGAAACUUGUCUGCUUCUUUUGUGCAGCUAGCUGGUUGAUUAUAUAGCAGACACCUCUAUCACCCAAGGGAAGACACGAUGUACAAUGACACACCUCAAGAAUUACCACCUCCCCCACCCACCCCCAAAUGAUGGUGUACAGAAGUCAGAUCUCAGUGUCAUGAAUGUCAAAAAAACCUUAAUGAAAAUGUUUUGUUGAAGUUGCCACACACUGGCACUGGCACUACCAUGCCAACUACACAGAAAUAAUUUAUACUACUGAAAACACACAGGACAAGCAUAUGUGUAUCGUAAUGAUUUUGUAUUUGUGAGACCAGAAACGAACUACUCUGUAAUCUUUUUUUUAAACUAUAUUUUUAGGGGCUUUUAUGCCUUUAUUCGAUAGGACAGUCUGAGAUGGUGACAGGAAGCGAAUGGGACAGAGAGACGGGGUGGGAUCGGGAAAUGACCCCGGCCGGACUCGAACCGGGGUCCCCGUGGGCAUGCAAGCCCAAAUGUGGGGGGACUAGCGCGCUGCGCCACAGCGCCCCCCACUCUGUAGUCAUGAGGUAACAACAGACCGAAAUGUACUAGCAAAAUGACUGAUAUAUUGCUUUGUUUGUGAAUGUGUCAUCAACAUUCAGGAUAAUACUGUAUCUGUAGCGACAUACUGUAUAAGGCAGUUGGUGCUGUUUAGAGAGUAACUUCAGUAUCAGCAAAUACAAACUACCACUGGAACCACUACACACCUACUGUAAAUAAAAGAAAGUUGAAAACCAACAUACUGUGAAUUUUUCACUGCCAUGCUGUGUUACAUUAUUCUUACUACAAGUAUAUGCAUGCAUCUGGGGCAAAGCAGUAUCGGAAAUAAUCAAACUCA